AUGUGGAGGCUGAAGAUCGGCGAGGGCGGCGGGCCAUGGCUGCGGUCGGCGAAUAAAUUCAUCGGCAGGCAGGUAUGGGAGUUUGACCCCGACGCUGGGAGCCAGGAUGAGCUCGCUGAGAUUGAGAGACUGAGGAAGGAGUUCACAGAGAACUGUUACCAGAAGAAGGUGGCGCAGGAUCUCCUUUUGCGCAUGCAGUAUGCAAAACAAAACAAUCUUCAAGUGGAUGUUCCGGUCAUCAAACUUGCACAUAGUGCCGAAGUAACGGAAGAGACUAUAUUAGCAUCAAUGAGCAACUAUGUAUAUUUGAAUCAUAUUAAGGAUGCACAACUACAUAAGCAUCAUCGCCGCAGGUUGGGGAUCUCCAAUCACAGUCGGUCUUGCAAACCGGUGGUAUUUGCACUAUAUGUCACUGGAUCACUCAAUACUGUUUUAUCAACAGAACAUCGAUAUGAGAUCUGUCGCUAUAUUUACAACCAUCAGGCAUGA